AUGGGCUUCUGGGAAGGCGAUGACCAGUCCCCCCAAAUGACGCAGAUCAAAUACUUGAUAACCGUGCUGGCGACGAGAGCCUCUGCGACCCGACUCUCCCCAUGCCGCGUGGUUGCGGAAUCUUGCAUGGUCAAAGUCUUGCCUGCGUUUCCGGAAGAUGCGCUGCUGGACAUUGCCGCUGUGGAUGACGGCUACGCCCUUUCUAGAAGCAAGACGAUACGCAAGAACUUUGUGGGCAGCAGGCUUGGACGACUCGCCGCCACCGCUGCUCAGCCAAAGGCCGUCAUGCUGUCGCCAGACGGCCACGCAGCCGCUGGGAUGUCGUGUCGUCUGACCCUCGUCCUUGACCCCAGCGGCACCGGCGCCCCUUCGUUGCCCAAGCUCAACUCUGUGUCGGGAAAGCUCACCUCAAGUCCGUAUUUUGACACGUCCUCCAUGAACCGCCUGCCGAAUCUUGGCAAGCAGACGCCCUUUGAAACCGGGUCGACUUAUCAGCACGCGACCUCAAACAAGCCGUUCAACCUCCCCAUUGGUGACUUAUAUUGGAGAGAGGAGCCGCACAACGACGCUUUUUGGGCGGAGCUCACGUUUCCACGCCCUCGGGAGUCCUCCAUGCUCGCACAAGAGAUCAAACAAGCAACGUUGUCACGCGAUCCCGCGCGACCCCUCGGUGCUGCGACGUGUCCCGACGUGUCAUGGAUGACGGCCUCUAAGCCAAGACGAAGACGGUAUGUGUCCGAGCUAGACGUUCAGUUCACGGUCCGCGACGAGGAGAAAACGUUUCUGCCCACCGUCCACUCGUGUCGCAUAUCGCGAACGUAUACUCUAGACCUCGUCCUCUCUGUUGGCCAAACCAUUUCCACCUUGUCUCUUGCCGUAGCGCUGCAGAUCGGGGUGGAAUCGAAUCAUGGGACGCCGCAGGAAAUCCAGGCGGGUUCUGUAUGGGCCUCCGUGCGAGACCACGAGCAAGGAGGAUGGGGUAGCUAUCCAGGGCGGUCGGGACUUGUGCUGGAAUCAAGUGACUGUGAGCUGCCGUCGUAUUUCUGA